CCGAGAUCCAGAUCCGGAAUCGCAAUCGCCGAUCGUCUUCUUCCUUCUUCGCCGGUGGACUCCUCUCCGUCCCAUCACCCACCAGAAUUGAAGAAAGAUGGGGUUGUUGUCUCUAUUGGAGGUGGCUUCCAUGCCCAAUAUAAAAGUCCUCCUCAUUUGUUUGCUGGGAGCUUUUUUGGCCACUGAUUACUGCAAUAUUCUUCCUGUCCAUGCUCGAACCUCUCUCAACAAGAUUGUGUUUAGUGUUUUUAUUCCUUGUCUCAUGUUUGCAAAUUUGUCAACGACUGUCACCUUUGAAGACAUUAUUUCAUGGUGGUUCAUGCCGGUGAAUAUUGCUUUUACCUUUUUAUUUGGAGGAAUUUUGGGAUGGAUUGUUGUUAAAAUCUUUAAACCCAAGCCAUAUCUUGAAGGCCUUGUCAUUGCUUCCUCUGCUACUGGAAACUUGGGAAAUCUUCUUCUGAUCAUCGUGCCGGCCAUAUGUGCGGAGGAGGCCAAUCCUUUCGGUGAUCGUGAAACCUGUAAUUCUCGUGGACUCUCUUAUGCCUCCUUUUCCAUGGCGCUUGGGGGUGUUUACAGCUGGACUUACAGUUACCAUCUAGUGAAAAAAUCUUCCUUGCGACUGAAAUUAGCACACCAAGAAACAGAUACAGAGGAGGUGUUGGAAGCAGCCAACCAAGCCGAUCUGCAAACUCAUCUGCUCCAUCAACAACAACCUCGACAACACGACGUCGUUCCUACUUCCAACACCUUACCAGAGGUAAAUUCAAAAACAAAAUCUUUAAAUUAUUAAUAUAUUGUAAUAAACUCAGUUUAAUUUCAGGUUGAAUCCCAAGAAGCUGUUGCUGUUCCCAUUUUAGAGAAACAAUUAAAAGAUGAAGCAUCCAAUUCCAUAUGGGUUAAAAUUCAACACAUGCUUCGCGUUAUUAUUAAAGAGUUGAUGGAGCCACCAACAUUAGGAGCCAUCGUGGGAUUCGUUUUCGGAGCCGUCCCAUGGCUUAGAAAUCUCGUGGUUGGACAGACUGCUCCCUUUCGAGUAAUCCAAGACUCUGUCAAACUACUCGGUGAUGGAACAAUCCCGAGCACCACUCUUAUACUAGGCGCCAACCUGACUCAAGGGCUACGGUCGUCGAGAGUGAAGCCGGUGAUCAUUAUCGGAGUGAUCGUGGUCCGAUACAUUGCUCUGCCCGGAAUCGGAAUUGUGAUGGUGAAAGCGGCGGAAGCAUUAGGAUUUCUGCCGCCAGAUCCGCUGUAUCAGUUCUUGUUGAUGGUUCAGUACACAUUGCCGCCUGGUAUGUCUAUAAGCAUAAUGACUCAAUUGUUCGGAGUGGGUCAAGAAGAGUGCUCCGUUAUCAUGUUGUGGACCUGUUUGGCUGCCGUCGUUGCAUUAGCUUUUUGGUAUGCCAUCUUCAUGUGCAUCUUGUCAAACUAAACUAAACCAUAACUUUUUAUUAAUUUACACAAUAAUACAUAUACAUGCUCAUUUCAACAAA